AUGAGGAUCGUAUCUUUCACGGGCGUCCUGCUUGCCGUGGCAACGUCUUUCGCCGCAGCGGACGAUUACAUCUGGCCUUCACGUUAUGACGAGCUCGAAGACAUCCUCUCGCUCCAAAGCGGAUAUCUAGGCAGGAACUUCUCCAGCGCUGUCACACCGUGCACACAAGGCGGCAACAUCAAGGGGCGUCAGAACGCCGCGGAAUGGAUCCGAUCCGCCUUCCAUGACAUGAUCACCCACGACUCGUCCCUCGGCACCGGCGGCCUGGACGGGUCGAUCUGGUUCGAGCUCGACCGGGCGGAGAACGGAGCGCUCGCGUUCGAGAACACUUUCAACUUCUUCGCCUACCUGCACUCGCUGCGGGCGUCGGCCGCCGACCUCCUCGCCAUGAGCGUCAUCAUAUCCCACUCCGGGUGCAGCGGGACCACUAGGAUUCCCUUCCGGGCUGGCCGCGUCGAUGCCAGGGCGGCUGGACCGGCGGGCGUGCCUGAGACGGACACGCCGCUAGGGGCGAUGCUGGAGCGGUUUGCGACGGCUGGGUACAGCCAGGAGGAUAUGAUUACGCUGGUGGCCUGUGGACAUACGCUUGGGGGCGUACAUAGUCAUGAUCACCCUGACAUCGUGCCGGGCGAGUCGGGGAAUCGGUAUAACGACACGGUGGUGAAGUUUGACACCACCGAUGGGAAGUUUGAUAACGCCGUUGCUGUUGAAUACCUAAGCGACAAUACGCAGAACCCGCUCGUCGUGGGUAAGAACGAGACCAAGAACUCGGACAAAUGGAUAUUCAGCUCGGACAACAACGCGACCAUCUCCAGAUUGGCGGAGGACAACGCUGAGUUUGAGAAGACCUGCGCCAAGAUUUUUGAGAGGAUGAUUGACACCGUUCCCUCCACCGUCGAACUAUCUCAGCCAAUUGAACCAACCGAUAUCAAGCCCUAUAUCACAGACUUGUAUCUCAACGACAAUGGCAAGCUCGUCUUUGCCGGACGGAUCCGUGUUAGGACGACAGAAGGUGCCGCUGCGGGACGACUGGCCAGCGAUCUUGAUGUUCAGGUGCACCACGCUGUGAGGAGCAAGCGCUGGAGCUGCGCGCGGAUCAACACUACGUAUGCUGGGGAUGCGCAGGGGCUCUACGGGGAGACAUUUGCCUGGUAUGAGUUUGGCAUGGAGCUGAACGCGACCAAAGGGAUCAGCAAGUUCAAUAUCGAGACUACGGUGCGAACUACAGGCGAGCGGAUACUCUAUGAUAAUGGAGGAGAAGGGUACCCCGUGACGGACGAGUUGCUGUACCAAAGGGCAGAUUCCUGCGUGGCGAGGCAGGCUGUGAACGGAACGAGAGCGAUGGAGGCGACGGUGGCUGUUCGCAAGGACCGGGCAUCUCUUCCCUUGAGGCUGGAGCUUGCGAGAUACACGAAAAUGACGGGGCUCGUGGUGCGGGAAUGGGAAGUCGAGACAAUUCCGUUUGAGAAGACGGGGGAGACGAGGGGGGAGGAUGAUGAUUGGGUUAUCUUCAAAGCUCCGACGGGGCUCAAGACGGCCAGCUGGCUCACGUGGUUCGACAUCAUCCAGGACGGAAAUGAUGGGUCGAGGAUUGAGUUUCUGAAGACGGAGGCAUGCCCUCGUACGAGUUCAUAA